AGACAGCCAUCGCAGUUUGAAUUUGGCGCGCAAACUAGCGGUCGCCGCUCGCGCCACUGACCGGACAACUAGCAAAAAAUAAAACAAAACUUGGCUUCUCGCGAGAGCGAGCGGCUCGCGUGUGUUAUUUUUCGUUUAUUUAACUUGAACUUGAAUUGUUAGAAAAACUCUCGAUUUAUGUGUGAAUACGUGAACAUAUUAAGUGCAAAUUUAACUUUAAUAGAGAGUCACCAGUGUUAUCGUAAGUGUAUGGAUCGCGGACGCCAACACCAAGAUGGUUUUAUAAGCUCUAGUAAUAUCGGACCUACUACGAAACAAAACAAUUACGAUGGACUGCGAUAGAAAAUUAAACAUAGGCGAGGGUGUGCCUCUCAAUGCGUCAGGCGCAGCAAAACUUUUUUUGAAUACUGGUAAAAAUAAGGUCACCCCAGAUGGCACUGUUAUUCAUCUAAACACAGAGAAGCAAGAGGUUGGCGUGCAUAUAAACACGACCUUCUCGGUGGCGUCUUCCAAGAAAAUAAAGCUGUUGUUUCUUCUUAAUUUUUUACUGAUCAUCAUCUGCAUGGUCGUCAGCUGCUCCAUAUCUUAUUACUACUGGAACGAGAUGAUCGCCACGAGAAAACAACUAGAUAUGUUGAAAGACCAAUUUUUUAUGAGAAAUCAGGAAAAGAUUCAACCCAGUCCCCUAGUUUCAGUCACAGACAGAAAUUACCUAGACAUCAGACAGCCAAAAAUGGAGUCUGGAGCUAAAGUUGAGAUAUCAACAAAUGCAAGAAGGUAUUUUGUUGAAAACCUUGGUGAGGACAUGCUUCUUGUGGAUUCUGGCAAGAAAAAUCCAAGUGCAGAUAAAAUGUCCAUCAUUGACUUACCAUUAUUACAAAGAGAACCAGUAAUUGCUCACUUCAAUGGUGCUCUCACAGACAUUAAUUUAGGAACAAAUUCAUUAAUCGGACCGUGGGUGCGCGACAAAGAGGUGUCAACGAAGAACAGCGAGGCUAAGAUCCUACUCAACAACGAUCACGUCGUCAUCAAAGACAAUGGGCUGUAUCUAAUUUACGCUCAGGUUACCUAUUUGACGCACGCGCCGUCAUGCUACCUCCUCUUUGCGCGUCAACCAGGUGAAAACCCUCGCCACCUGUCAACCUGUGCCACCGGUGACGACUCCACCUCCCGACCAGUGGGAAAAUCGCACAUGUCUUGUUCAAUACAGACUAUAACCCGAUUACACAAAGAAGACGUUGUGAACUUAGCGCAACGUGAACAAAACAGAACACUAUCUUUAAGGGCGGGUUAUACUUACUUUGGGUUUAUCAAACUUAGUUCCUAAUGAAGCUGUGAUACUAGGUUUAGAUUUGAUGAAAAAUUCAUAUAGCAAUAAAAGCACUUUGUCAUGUGAGUUCUGAGCAAGAUUUCACUCAUAUGUGUAGAUGAGAAUCCACCGCUAUGUUCGCCGGUGUGACCGUCGCUUGCAUGUACCACAGCUCUUGUGAAAACAGGGAAAGGAAUAGACGCAAUUUUGCUCUCCCGUUCUCCCACUAGCGGCACCGUAAAUCACGAAAUACACGUGAUAAAAAACCGUUGUGUUUGUACUUAAAUUUGCCUGUCUUUGGGCAAAUAUACCUUAUGGUCACUUAGAGUUACAUAUUCUUUAAAACUACUUGAUACACAUUUUUUAAACUUUACCUGUAAAUCGACAUAAAUAAAUCCCUAACAAAAAUAUAAAGUCCGAACGCAAUUUGCAUAAUUGUGACGGCCAAAAUUUCAAUAGGCCCCCUAAGUUGUCUGUCAUCUGCUGCGUUUUUAUUUUAAUACGUCGUCAUAUAAAAUGGUUCAAUAGUCCAAUAGUUGCAGGUAAAGGUAAGUUAUAGACGGGUACUAUACAUUUCACACUUCACAACAUUUAGAAUGUUAAUCAAAUACAUGUACUUUUGGGAUACUCUUAAUCCAGCCAUAAGGUAACUUUGCCUGUAGAUUGGCGCAAAGAAUUAUAUCUUUUAUUUUAGGUGCUAUAUGGUAUACUUACUUCUAUGACUACGUUAAUGAUCCAUCUACGUACUUAGAUCUAAGUUAGUGUCCCUGUGAACAAUUUAGAGAUAUAACAAUGGACAUUCUACUGAGGUGAUUUCAGUGCCAUAAUGUACAUAGCAAUUACAUCACAUUAGUGGUCUAUACUAGUUAUUAUACAAAAGGGACCAAUAAAACUCACAAAAUCUAUGGAAGGUAGUAAAACUACAUUCUGAAUGUUUCUUUAAAAUUUUUAAUAAUGGUCAUUGCUACACUUCCAUAUACAAAAAUAAGUAAUUAUUGGACCUGUUAGCCCUGUAAAAUAUUCGUAUUUUGGUAAACAGUCUCCUCCUAACGAGUGGUGCUAAUUCGGUGUCUCAGUGCAUUUGUUGUACGUGCUCAUUUAUAGUGUAAGAUAGUUAAUUCUUUAAUUUGAAAUUUGUUACUUUUAAUUAACUCAAAAACUACACAAGGCUUUAUUAUCAUUAUUGUAAAUAACUUUUGUUUUCCCACAAUUAGCAAUUCACACAACACAGCUUUUUUAUGAUACCAAGUGAAGGGACGUACAAGUGUUAUACGACACGCCCGUCCGUAACAGUUGCAUUUCCACUCAGAGCUUUAAAUCGCAAAGUUCUGAGGGACAUUGCCAUUGCACCUGUAACCCUUCACCUGCACAUUUCACCAAAAAUUACGCUGAUUACCCUCCAAGUGACGCUUGAAGAGAAGGGAAACAUUGGGGCGAUUUUUAGAUGUCGAUUGAACGAAAGUAGUUUGUUACAACACAUACACACAACCGUACGCACUCAAACACACAAAUAUACAUACAAGAACACUUCAAACUGAUAUAAGUCUAUGAGUUAUUUAAAAAUGACCAUGUAGUUGAGAAAAGCUAUUUUUAAAACUAGCGUUUCGUUUUUCCACUAAUUUGUUUACCUGUUAUGUACGAGAGAAGCCAGUUUUCAAUGUAUAUAUCUUAGAUACUUUCGUGUCUUUUCUUUCUUUCUUCUGUGUUUAAACCAAUAAGAAGUAGAAAUAUUAAUAUUCAUUAUUUCUCUCUCUUAUAUUAAUAUUCUCAAUGUAUAAUAUUUUUACAGUAAGACUUAAUUUUUGUUGUAAAGUUAGUCACUAAUAUGCCGAACUUAGUUUGUACAUAGCCACAACUAUGCAAAACGUGUUAAGAUUGAUAUCUUUAUGUUAAAGUCCAGAUUUUGAUCUCUCAUUAUUAUUGGCUAGUACCACGAGUAAAACCAAAUUUAGCGUUAAGUAUGUCAAAGUAGUCAUCUGUGAAAAGUCUCUGUAUACACCAUAAGAUCGCUUUUGAUUGUUACAUUGUAAUGUAUUUGAUAAAUAUUAAGCUAUUGUCUCUGCCUACCCCGAUGGGGAAAAGGCGUCAAGUAUAUGUAUUAAGCUCCAUUUAAAUUCCACCAUAAAGUGUAUGUAUGUAAACUAAUCGGGGAGGGGAAAUAAUAUGUGUGUAUGUUAACAGUAAUGUAUAUAAUUCAGUGAUUGUGUAAUAUAGAAUGACUAGGUAUUCUAACCUAGUCAUUCUAUACAAUCCCGGGCUCCUUUAGGCAAUGUCAGUGGCAAUAACAUUACUAGACAUUGUAUGUAUAGUCUAAGUAUUGUCGGGAACGGAAUUUUGCAUAUCGGGUAUCAGUAUUUUUGUUGCUUACUAUAAAUAUUUUAUUCGAAAAAAAGUAAGCAUUUUUCGUGAACAAAUAUCAUUUGUAAUUGAAUCACCAAUUCUUCUAAUUAAUCGUUCUUACAAGAUGAACUCUGGGGAUGAUAUCUGGAGGUGCAAUAUCGUCGGGGAUAGUACAAAUCCGCGUAUGUAGUAUUGGUAAAAGAUGUGUAUCUGCACCAAACCAAAAUUCACAGGAUAGGGAUUUAACGUUAUUACUUUGUUAUUUCAAUGGCUAUGAUUUUCAUUUUCGCAUAGUAAGCAUUUAUGUUGUCUACGGACUGAUAACAUUGACUGGCCACGACGUUUACGCGGGUUUGAUUUGACCACUAUAUUACCGAAAUGGAAACUCAUAAUCAGAUGCUAGUUACGCGUAAUUUGCAAUAUCCACGACGAUAUGCUUCUUAACACACAAACACUUGCUAUUAUUACAUUGCUAUGUGCAUUUACAUUUAAACAAAUCCCUGGAUAUUGCCUUAUACACGCUCGAUAUUGCACAGAAUGCCUAAACAAGUUUAUUACAUACAUUAACUGACUGUUUUAGGCAUUGUAUAGAAUACCGAGGUAUUAUAUGGAAUACCGGAUUACAUACAUUGCCGAUAAUAUAUGCGUUAGCAAAAUAACACUACUUAUUUCCUAUCUGUUUGAGUAAUUCAUACUUUCGUCAUUUUCUUAUCUAAAUCAUUUUUGCAAAUUUCAUUGAAGACAAAAGAAAUAAAAAUAGAUCAAGAAAAAUAUAUGGCUUCGCAAUAAGUCACCGGCUCUUCAAGGACGUAAACGUGUCGUCUUUAUGAGAUUACACGUAACGUAUAUAUGUUUAUAUCAAAAAGUAAGAUUACC